AUGGAACGUAAUCUUGUGUGGAUGUUCUCCGUUAUGUGGACAGACACCGUAUCUGACUUCGGUAAAGAGGUAUAUGCUUAUAGUGAGGAUCAUUUUUACAAAUGCGGUAUCAACAAAAGUAUCGAAUUCUCUUACUUAGCCUCUCGCUCAGAGCCCAAUCCAACGGUUCAGGCUAUCAUGCAAGGACAGGGUUCUCGCUCAUGUUCGUCGGUCAGACCAGACUUGAAAAUCAAGGGUCCAUCUUGA